AUGGAGAAAGUGGAGGUGUAUGAGGUGGUGAAAGUCACUGAGGAGGUGGAGAGCUGCUACAGCCAAAUGGAGGUGGCUACCCCAAAAAAGAGGAAGAGCAAAGCUCAAGAAGACUCUACUGAGAAACCUAAGAAGCCUAGGUCUGCCUACCUGCUAUACUACUUUGAUGUUCACCAGAUUAUGCAACAGGAUAUACCUAAUCUGCCACAGUCAGAGAUCAACAAGCGUAUCAGUGAGAGCUGGAAAAGGCUAAGUGUGGCUGAGAAAGCCUACUAUCUGGAGAAGGCCAAGUCUGAGAAGGAGGGCAUAGAUACAUCCUCACUCAGUCCUUCCAAAGACCUGCCAGGCUUCCGCAAGAUCCUUCCUAGAGCCAGCUACUUCCUCUUGUCCAAAGGCAGCCCCUCAAAUCACCAGCCAGGAGGCUCCCAGUCAGAGGUGAGCAUGGAGUCUCUGGAGCCUCUAGCUGAAGGAGGCUUGCCCUCAGGCUCCAGUGCCCAAGAGCCCCAGUUGACAGCUCUAGGGUUGGCCGGUGAGGUGGAACUCUCCGAACAGCCCAUUGUUGUUGAAGAGAUAGCAGAGGAAACUUCAGUAGUGUCUCGUCCCACUGACCUCCAAGGAAUCCCACCCUCCUCUUCCUCCUGUGUCUCAUCCAAAGUCCGGGUCUCCACAGACGUCCAGGGCUCCGCUGACCUCACAGCAAAAACACUGAAAGGAAAUGAGACACGAGCUGCCAGCAGUGGUUAUGGCAGGACGAUGGUGCAGCAAAUACAGGGGGAAACUACACAGGUGGUUGCCAUCAUCCCCUCGCAGAACUUGCUGGAGCCAAAGUCUUUGGCAGGUAUCAGCUCUGUGGGCCCAGUGAUGAUGGUCUCUGUAGGAGCCAGUUCAGAACAAAGUGCCAAGCCUUCAUAUAAAAUGUCUGUGAAAACAUACACCAGGAGAGGGCGAGGGAGGUGUCUGAAUCCUGGAUGUUCAUUUGUGUAUGUCACCCGCCACAAGCCACCAACGUGCCCUGAAUGUGGGAGCCUUUUGGGUGGAAAAUGGAUACCUGCUGCAAAGAAGACACAAGAGAAAGAAGCAGCAUCAAAGCAGUUUCCACAGAGAGCUGAAAUCAAGCCUAAUGAAAGCUGCCAACCCACACAGCUCCCUGCUCAGGAGGCGAAUGCUGAUGUCAGUAAAACAAACACCACUGGGAGCAAAAAAGAAGGGCGAGUUCAGUGGCGCUCCAGAAAGCAGCAUGUAGUUCCAGGUGGGAAGCCACCAGAGGGCAGCAGCACCAAGCCACGAGAACAAACAAAAGGUUUUCUGCUCUCAACUGAUGUGGUUGUUUUUCUAACCUCAGUGACCAGAGAGAGUUUCUCAGGUCUAAAACCCAGCACUUUAAAGCAGCUCGGCCAAGCAGUCACGACAACCACAGCCAAGCAGGAUUCCCCUGCUCCAGCAGAUGGAAGCCAGCCUGUGUCUUCACUGACUGAUAGGAGAGUGAAUAUCCUGUCAGUCGUGCCUUUCAAACAGCACACUGUCUCUAACUUUGACUUGGGACUGUCCACAGCACGAGGCAGGGGUCGCUGUAAAAACCCAUCCUGUGAUUAUAUGUACAAGAACAGACACAAACCUGCAGUGUGCCCUAAAUGUGGAUGUGAGCUGACCCAGAAGAACACCAAGGCAGCAAAGUCUGAGAUGCUGCUGGAUCCGUACCAGGCCCUGAGUCCUGCUCAGAAGGACAUCCAGCGGCAAAAUACACUGCAGCUACUGCGUCGUUCCCUGCAGAUUCCUGAAAGCGAGACUGAGCUUCAGGAAACAUUAAACCUCAUCCAAGAGCUCAAUAGUCUCCAGAUCAUCUUGGUUCAACCAGGUGACCAGGAGCAUGAAGACAGCACAGGGACGGAGACGCUGGUUGAGUCUGGGUGGCCUCAAUACUUUGAAUCAGCAGCUACUCACUGUGGCCUGUGUAACUACCCUCUCUUCAAGGGAGGUCAGAGUACUGUGGCAGGACAGGAAGACUGCUGGCUGCUUACUGAGGCCCUGGUGCAGACAGCUUCUCUUCAGCUCAAGGUGUGCCUCAACGUUCAGUGUCUGGCUCUGCACAGCUUCACUGACCUGCAUCCAGGUUUGUUCAACAUCGGGAACAGGUUGCUGGUGAGUAUUGACCUGCUCCUGAAGAUCAGGGUGAACAUUAGACUGGGCCAAGCGCCCUCUCAGGCAGCCAGGACCAUACUGGACCACAUCCCCAAUCACCCUGUCCAUGCACUGAAUCCUGAGGAGUUAUCCCAAAUUCAAGAGCUUCUCCUGAGUGGCUACUGGGCCUUUGAGUGUCUGACGGUGCGAGAUUACAACGAUAUGAUCUGCGGCAUUUGUGGUGUUGCUCCCAAGCUGGAGAUUGCACAACGACACACACGCAACGUGCUGGAGCUCAAGAAUGUGGAGUUUACCUGGCCUGAGUUUACGGUCUCAGAUGAGGUACAUGUGGAUGACUUCUGGCUGACCAUGGAGAGUGAGGCUAUUGAGCAGGCAGCUUUCCCCACCGACAUCCCUAUCACACGUGUGGACGCUUCCAUCAUCGCUCCCUUCAUCCCCCCUCUGAUGAGGAGUCCCAAUGUUAUCAACACAGAGAAAGACAAGGCCUUGUCACACACAGAGCAGCCCUCAGGAGAUCCAUCAGUUCUGGUGCGUCUUAUUCAUGAUGGUCAGCUGAGACUCGACAAGAUUGAGGAUCACAGUGAGGACGAGCUGAGAACAAUACUGGACGGCUGUGGGGUGAACAUCACCUCAGGCUCCACUAAGAAUGAGCUGCUGGCUUCUCUGAUUUCAUUGUGCACGCUUGUUCAUAGCGGCCUCUCCACUGCGCCACAGCCGCCUCCACACCUCACUGCUGGCAAGCUGUCUAAGGUCUGCCCCCACAAGGUGGUGUGUGGCUCUAAAUACUUGGUGAGAGGAGAGACGGCUCGAGAUCACGUCGACCUGCUGCUGUCCUCUCGCUACUGGCCCCCAGUCUAUGUUAGUGACUGUGCCCGUCAGGUGGCGCUCUGCACAGACAUGCUGUAUCCAGAAUUGGCAACCCAGAUGUGGGGCAGGAACCAAGGCUGCUUCUGUGAUCCCUUUGAAAAGCCAGAGUUUGUGUCAUGUGCUGAGCUACAAGACCAGCCGUACAGUGCUGACCUUUCCUUGGUAGCUGAGAACCAGCAGGUCCACCCCAUCACCAAAUCUUCUUCUUGCUGGCUGGUUCAUCCUCCUGGAGCGGAACAGCCCCCGGAGCCUCCUGCUCCAGAGCACCACUCAAUGUCCCACUGCAGAGACCUGGAGCCCUACAUCAGCCUGGUGGCUGAGCUGGAGAAAGAGAAGGAAGAAGAGGAUGAUGAGGGGCCAGAACAGAAAGAAAACACAGACAAAGCUGAGAAAGACACCACAGAGAAAUCAGAGGACUGUUCCUCUGUGAACCGUGCACGGUGGCGACCUGUCGUUUUCAGCAACACAGCCUAUUACUACCUUUACAACCGUAUGGUAGAUUACCUCAUUAGUAGGGACAUCGUGAGCCAGCAGAUCAACCAAGUGGUGAAGGCCUGCCAGCCGGGAGAGGUGGUGAUCAGGGAUGCUCUGUACCGGUUGGGAGUGGCACAGAUCAACACAGAGAAAGAAGAAGAAGAAGGAAGUGUAAUUGAUGAACAGACACAAGAGGGAGGGACAGAAACAUAUGAGGUUGUCCUGCCUGAAUAAAAAUGUUUAGGAUGGACAGCUGCAUGAAUCAACAGGCAGACAGAGGCAUGGACUGAAUGUAAAGAUGGCUGCAUGCAAAGAGGUGAUUGCAGAACAAAAGAGCCAUGUGGGAAAAGGAGAUGCCAUAAGGAGAGAUGAAAGUGCUACCAGAAGCGUCCAAGAGUGUGAGAAAUACAGUUCUAACCCUGAGGGAGCAGAAAGUACCAGAGAGUAUUUUACUGUUAGUAAAGGACUAGUCUGUACAACAACACUCUUCAUCAGUUAUACAGUGCUGACAGGUUUUUCUGAUGUGAGGAAAUGUGCUGAAUAUGGAUGCAGUGGGUUGAAUCUUGAAGAAGUGGACCUUUUUAUCAUUGGUAAUGAGAAGACUGCAGAGUGCUCAGUAGUGUUUACUGUGAACAUACUGACAAAGACAUACAUUAUAAUUACAGGUUACAAAGUCAUUUUUAACCAUCUAUAACAGUGGGUGUGAUAAUAAGUGUAAGUUAAUAUGGUGGAGUAAAUGCAACACUUUUACCAAUGUGGUGCCAAGAGUUAAAAGAAAUGAAAAAGUAUGUGAAGGUGAUAGAAAGUUGGGUCCUAAAUCUAAAUCAGUGCUUUCCUGUGACUGAACGAAUGUAAACAGGAUUUUAAUAACUCAGCUACUUCAAGCCUAAGAAUACUUAACCGUGAAUAGUUGUAUAUUUAUUGCCCUUUUAUGUCCAGAGACAUUUCUGCUUUGUGUUUUACACUCUUACCUCUCACCUGCCACUUGUUGCCUUUUCGACCAAUGUUUGCUUUUGAAAAGUGAUGAUAAAAAUCUAUCUGUUCAUUUUACUGUAUCAUAAUGUGAUGAUGGACCUUUUGGCCUUUUGCUUCAUUUUGGAUCAUUCUGGCUUCUCAGUGGAGAUCCAUUCGAGGUUGCAUUCAAUCAGUUGUCUUGACUCUUGUCAACCAAUCACCAGUUAGCCAUUAACAAUAAACUGGAGAUAUGUAGUGAACCUGCCAGCAUGAAUUGCUUUAAAAGUGAAACUGAUUGCUGUUUUUUUUUUGUUUUGUUUUGUUUUUUUUUCUUUGGAAUUGGUCAGUAAUGCUUUGUGAUGAGCUAACAAGGCUUUUUUGAGCACUCAGGCUGACCAGGCAGUUAUGAUGCAAAUUAGUUCAUAAACUGAAGUUUCAGGUGUUCAAUAGCGACACCCGUGAGUCAGGAGAAAAUGCAGCAGCCAAGCUUUUGUGUAGAUAAAGACGAUAUUGAAAUAGCUUGACUAGUGAAAUUCUGUUAAUUAAACUGCUGAUGCAACAAAUAAAUGAAUUUACACUUCUG